AUGGUGACUGCCCGGAGGCUGUUGCCAGAGGAGGCGGUGGAAGCAGACACAAUAACAUCAUUCAAGAAGCACCUGGAUUGGAAGAGAGUGGAGGUACACAAACCCGACACAAGCAAGUUCACACUGAGGAGAGGCCGUUGUGUUGCUCUGAGUGUGGGAAAGGAUUUGUUAAGCCGUCUGCCUUGGUUAUUCACCAAACGGCUUCUCACUGGGGAGAGGCUGUUCCCCUGCUCUCAGUGUGGGAAAGGAUUCGCUCAGUCAUCGAGCUUGGUCGAACAACAACGGCUUCACUCUGGGGAGAGGUCGUUUCCCUGCUCUCACUGUGGGAAGAGAUUCUCUGAUUUGUACUCCAUGCUACGACAUGAACGGAUUCACACCGGGGAAAGGCGGUGUGGGAAGGAAUGCACUCAAUUAUCCAGCCUGCAGAGACACCAGCGGAUUCACACCGGAGAGAGACCAUUCACCUGCUCUCAGUGCGGGAAGAAUUUCUCUCAAGUAUCCGACCUGCAGACAAACCAGCGAUUUCACAAUGGGGAGAGGCCAUUCACCUGCUCUCAGUGUGGGAAGAGAUACACUCAGUUUUCCAGCCUGCAGACACACCAGCGAGUUCACACUCGAGAGAGGCUGUCCACCUGCUCUCGGCGGCAGAAGGGAUACACUCGAGUAUCUAGCCAGCAGGAACACCAACGAGACCAUCAGUGA